AAAUGCAAAAUGUUUAGUACAAAUCAUUAAUCAAACAAAAGCCAUGGAUGCCACAAAUUUUUCUCCAUUUCUUUUGAUAUUCUCUCUUUUCUCUGUUCUACAAACAUCUACCAUUGCCACAAAAAAGGCAAAAAUUAAUAUCUCUUCCUUUGUAUUAUUCUUUCAUUUUAUUUCCUGUUUCAGAAACUCAAUCUUUGUUCCAUCCAUUUUUCUUCUUCUCAUGCAGCCAUACAUUGUAUACCUCGGAUCGCAUUCGCAUGGUUUGAAUCCUUCCUCAUUGGAUCUUCAACUUGUAACAGAAUCUCAUUAUGAUUUCUUGGAGCCGGUGUUAGGAAGCAAAGAGAUAGCCAAGGAGGCUAUUUUUUACUCAUACAACAGAUAUAUCAAUGGCUUCGCGGCCAUGCUCGACAAGAAACAAGCAGCAGAUCUUGCAAGAUAUCCAAAUGUGAUCUCGGUUUUUGAAAGUAAGGAAAGACAAUUGCACACAACAAGAUCAUGGAAUUUUCUUGGAUUAGAAAGAAAAGAAGCAGUUCCUUCAAACUCCAUCUGGAAUGUAGCGAGGUUUGGUGAUGAUGCAAUUAUAGCUAACUUUGACACAGGUGUUUGGCCAGAAUCCAAGAGCUUCAGUGAUGAAGGAUAUGGGCCUGUCCCUUCAAGGUGGUUGGGCAGUUGUCAAAGUGACACCGACCCCAACUUCCAUUGUAACAGGAAGCUAAUUGGAGCAAGAUUCUUUAACAAAGCCUAUGGUCCACUCAAUGUCAGCUUUAAUUCUUCAAGGGACCAUGAUGGCCAUGGAACCCACACUCUAUCCACAGCUGGAGGCAAUUUUGUCUCGGGAGCUACUGUUUUUGGCAAUGGCAAUGGAACGGCCAAAGGUGGCUCGCCUCGAGCCCGUGUUGCAUCCUACAAGGUCUGUUGGCCAGCGGAAGGGGGAGGGUGUUUUGACCCGGAUAUCUUAGCCGCCUUUGAAGCUGCCAUUAGCGAUGGAGUUGAUGUCAUUUCGGUUUCUCUAGGUGCAAUUCCCUCAGACUUUCUAAACGAUGGACUAUCCAUAGGAGCGUUCCAUGCAGUUCAGCAAGGCAUCGUUGUUGUUUGUUCGGCUGGCAACUCGGGACCAGCUCCUGGAACGGUAGCAAAUGUGUCGCCAUGGAUGUUAACUGUUGGAGCUAGUACCAUUGAUAGGGACUUCACCAAUUUUGUGGUCCUUGGGAACAAGAAGAGACUCAAGGGUGCAAGCCUUUCUUCUAAAGCAUUGCCAGUUAACAAGUUCUACCCCUUAAUUAACGCCGUGGAUGCAAAAGCCAACAAUGUCUCUAACCGUGAUGCGGAAAUUUGUGAUGAUGGAACGCUUGAUUUCACGAAAUUGAAUGGGAAGAUUGUGGUUUGCCUUCGAGGGGUUAAUUCAAGAGUGGCCAAAGGUUAUGUGGCCGUUCAAGCAGGGGCUGUUGGGAUGAUCUUGGUUAACGAUGAGCAAAGUGGGAAUGAGAUUUUAGCUGAUCCACACAUCAUUCCAACUUCCAAUGUAAACUAUAAUGACAGCAUAUCCAUCUCCCAAUAUAUCAGCUCAACAAUGUCACCAAUGGCUUACAUCAGUUCUGUGAGGACAACACUUGGAGUCAAGCCCGCCCCAAAAAUGGCUGGUUUCUCAGCAAGAGGCCCUAAUACAAUCGAGGAGUCAAUCCUCAAGCCAGAUAUAACAGCACCAGGUGUAAAUAUAAUUGCGGCUUACCCCGAUGGAAUACCAUUGUCAAAACUACCAGUUGAUGAUCGUCGGCUGCCUUUUAAGGUAGACUCUGGCACAUCCAUGGCUUGCCCCCAUGUUUCAGGCAUUGUAGGGCUUCUCAAAACCCUAUAUCCCAAAUGGAGUCCAGCUGCCAUUAAAUCUGCAAUUAUGACCACAGCCAAAACAAGAGACGGCAAGUUACAUCCAAUUGUAGACUCCAAUGGACUCAAAGCAACUCCAUUAGCAUACGGCGCCGGACAUAUUAAUCCAAACAGUGCGAUGGACCCUGGCCUCGUUUACGACAUAGCAAUCGACGAUUACCUAAAUUUCUUGUGCGCUCGAGGCUACAAUGCAACGCAAAUCAACAAAUUCUCAAACAGUAGCACGUUCAGGUGCAAUCAAUCAUUCAAAGUGACGGACCUAAAUUACCCUUCGAUAUCAGUCACCGAUUUGAAAACGGGCCCUGUGACGAUCAAUCGAAAGGUGAAGAAUGUGGGAAGUCCAGGGACGUAUGUUGCUCGAGUGAAGGCGCCUUCGGAAGUUUCCAUUGUUGUGGAGCCAAGUAGAUUGGAAUAUACUGCCAUGGAUGAAGAGAAAAGCUUCAAGGUUGUGUUGCAAAGCACUGGAAAGGGAAUUCAACAGGGUUUCGUGUUUGGGACAUUGGUAUGGUCAGAUCACAAACACAAUGUUAGAAGCCCAAUUGUUGUUAAUCUGGGGAAAUAA